AUACUAUAUAAAUACGUAUAUCAAUAGUUAUGUAGUUACUAAAACCUUAGUGAAACCAAUUUGUGUGCAUUUGAUACGUCGAAAAGCCCUAAAAACUUAAACGCUAACUUUUGUUUACAUAUACAUAUAUGUACGCACGUUCCGUGCUGCUGCUUACACACACACAUGCACACAUACAGGCAAAAAUUCACAUGCUUAUGUCCCCGCCCCGCGAAUCGUGAUAGUGAACCCAUCUACAUAGACGAGUGUAUGGCUGUAUGUGACUGUGACUAUACGUAUGAAACAUAUGUGAUUUCUGCAAAUGUUUUAGUGAAAGAAAAAAACAUUAAUUGAUGUGUUUGUUGCAUAUUGUCGUCUUGUAAUAUUCGGUUUGCUUCAUUCUGUUCCAUUGCGUUGCUCUCGUUUAGCGUGCUUUGGCUCAUUCUCUAAACGUUCGUUUUGUUCAUUCGUUGUGUCUUUCGUGUGCCGUCUAUGUCAAGUUAUUCACCACACUUUAUGCGCCUCUCGCUCGCACACUCUCAGUUGCUCAGCUGUAUGGCACGCUCUCCUUCUCUCUGUCAUCAUCUCUUGUCAUUUACCGCUGCAGCAAAAGAAAAUCGGUCCAGCCUCAAUUCUUUUUGAUUGGAGACGAGAGCUGUUAAGGACAUAACCUGCAGCAUUAGAAUUUAAUUUUUAAUUAAUUUGUUUGAUUUUCUUUAUUUGCUCACGCAUUGCAUGUUAAUCAUUUCGCUGCGAACUAACAAUUCAAUUGGCUUUCAUUGGAAAAUCGAAUCAAAUUGAAAUUCUUAUUUUAAUUUUUUUUGUGGAAUUGCAUCGGCUGCACGACAAUUGCAAAUAAUCAGAAUAACAUUAAAAUGGAUAUGAAUGUUUUUUGGAACGAUUCAGAAUCGGAGGGCGAUUCGGGCCGCGGCUCGAAUUGGAGCGAAACCCUGAGUGACUUGACCAACGAUAGCGUCCAGCAAAUGCCAUCUGCUGCCGAGAAUGGUCCAGAACAAUUAGCCCUUCUAUGUAACGAUAGAAUCUAUAACCUGGUGCCUGAUGGCGAUUAUGAUCACAUUGAAGCGGAGCUAGAGAAGUGUACGCUGACGAUUGACUUGUCCGAGGUGGAUGAUGAGGAAGCCAAUUCAAAUCCGGCUCUUGCUCUUAGCGAUCCCGAAACCAUUGAUCAAGUUGCUGAGGAAACUGAGGAGGCUGAACUGGCUCCGGCUGAUACCGAGCCGCCCGUAUCCCUUCACAUGAUUCAGCCAUCUUACACCGUUGUCUAUACGCUUUGCAAAUGCGUCUAUGAUAACAACAAUAAGUUGGUAUCGAGCAAAAUUGCCCAUACCGAAGCAUAUCCAUGCUAUAAUCUACCCGAUGACGACAAUAAUGGGGCCGAGAAUGAGGUCAAUGGGGGAUUCGAAUGUGUGUUCUCCGAUGACGACUUUGAUGCCAAUAACUACUAUGAUGGCAAUGGCGGCUAUGAUGCCAAUAACGAAUAUGAUGUCAAUGAUGUUGCUAAUGGCAAUGACGAUACUAAUUUCAAUGGCUUUGCUGAUGUCAAUGACAAUGCUAGUAUCAAUGGCGAGACUGAUGCCAAUGCCUAUGGUACUGGUAACAUCAAUCUCAAUGGUAUCGAUGGUAUAUAUAAUGCUGAUGAUGAUAUUGGCGAUGGCUAUGAGGAUGAUGACGAUGAUUUCAUUGAACGUACUCCAUUCAAACGCAGGCGACUUGAUUCCCUCCCAUAAUGCCAUUAACCCUAUAGCACUGCUUCAC